UUUAGAAAGAUGGCCAGUCGUCCUGCUUAGGGGCUGAAGUUCGUUCUCUUAUCUAAAGACAAAAUACGUUGUAAGCAAACGUGGAGAGACAAAGGCGUUGAAAAGAAACGGAAGAAGUAUGCCUAGAUUGCUAUAACUCUUUAAAAUGGCCAUACGGGAAUUAAAAGUGUGUCUUCUGGGAGAUACAGGAGUGGGCAAGUCUAGUAUUGUAUGUCGUUUUGUACAAGACCAUUUCGACCACAACGUCAGUCCAACGAUAGGGGCAUCGUUUUUAACCAAGACGGUCCCGUGUGGACACGAACUACACAAGUUCCUCAUCUGGGACACAGCGGGACAGGAAAGGUUCCACUCGCUGGCUCCCAUGUACUACCGAGGCUCUGCCGCCGCUGUCAUUGUCUAUGACAUCACCAAACUGGACUCUUUCCAGACACUGAAGAAAUGGGUGAAGGAGUUGAAGGAGCACGGUCCUGAGGACAUCAUUGUAGCCUUGGCAGGGAACAAGAAAGAUUUGGGGGACAUCAGGGAAGUUCCUAUGAAGGAAGCUAAGGACUUUGCUGAGUCUAUUGCAGCAAUCUUCAUGGAGACCAGCGCCAGAAACGCUGUCAAUGUGGAGGAGCUCUUUCAGAAGAUCAGUAAACAGAUUCCGCCUCUGGAGAAUCCAGACGUUGACAGCAACGAGUCCUUCAAGAUAACCCGGCAUCCUUCUAACAAACUCUGCUGCUAGUAAGACUACUGCUGAGUCCCAAAUAGACCCCGAGCACCCUACCCUCGCCUAGACCAUAGCACCCUACCCCCCCCCCAACACAGAGUCACUGCUCUCGAUUGGACAGGUGAAUGAUCCACCGAUCUAGCUUAUCUGACAUCUUGGAUCUACAUGAAAGUGAGUAAGGAGUCGGUUCAGAAUUCAGCAUCAGAUUUGCCAGUGAGAUUAUCACUGUCCUUGGUUACACACACACACACAGCUGCAUGGGAUCACAGGGUCCACAAUGCAACAUUGUAAUACACUGCUGCGUGGAUUCAACUACUCAUUGUCCACGUCCACACAGUCCACCAUGCAUAUACAGUGCAUUGGUCUCAGGGGAGAGGAGGAGGACAACAUGGCUUUGGCUCGUGAUAGAUCAGACCCUCUCACCUGUAGCAUAGUAACGAGCAUUCCAGGACCAGAAACCACCCCUAUAACCCAUAGAAAGAUGCAGUAACCCAUAGAAAGAUGCAGUAACCCAUAGAAAGAUGCAGUAACCCAUAGAAAGAUGCAGUAACCCAUAGAAAG